UAUUUAAUCCACAUUGGAGGCGACAGCAUGAGCCAGGACUGUAUCAGAAAACUUCAAACUGCAACAAGAGAAAAACUCAGAAAACUCAACUCUCUGCGCGGUCGGGAGGUGCAGCCGGGAGACUUCUGGGAUGUUGUGGUUCUUACUGCUGCGGACAGAAGCCAGAAAACGUCGUACGAGCUGCAGAUCAGAGAGAAAACUGACAGAAAGGAGCUUCCACUUGGAGUUCACUACAAGGUCUUCUCAGAUCCUCCUGGACCUAAAAUAGGUAAUGGAGGCUCCACUUUGUACGCUCUGCAGCAGCUGAAUGACAUCUAUGGAAACGCUCUGAGCAGCCUGAGAGUCAUCCUGAUCCAUGCAGGAGGGUUCAGUCAGCGGUUGCCCAGCGCCAGCGCUCUGGGAAAGAUCUUCAUGGCCUUCCCGCUGGGCGAUCCCGUCUACCAGAUGCUGGAGCUCAAACUGGCCAUGUACGUGGAUUUCCCCUCACAAAUGAAGCCUGGCGUCCUGGUGACCUGCGCAGACGACAUCGAGCUCUACAGCAUAUCAGAGGAACAGAGUGUGAGGUUUGAUAAGCCGGGUUUUACAGCUUUAGCCCAUCCCUCCCCGCUCCUGGUAGGAACCACACACGGCGUGUUCGUGUUGGAUCCACGUGAAAAGCCGUCACACUCGGAAAUGGAGACGACCUCCUGUCUGCGCUUUCUGCACAAGCCGAGCGUCAAGAAGAUGCGCGACAGUGGAGCGGUUUGUAAGAGGCAGAAUGGACCGGUUUCUGUGUCCGAUGCUGAAUUUGUCUACACAGACAGCACCUAUUAUUUCGACUUUGAUACAGCAAGGUCUCUUCUGAACCUGCUGAAAGAGCUGGGCCCUCUGGACUGUGAGAUAGACGCGUACGGGGACUUUCUUCAAGCUCUGGGCUCUAAAGCUACGAUAGACUACACCAGCAACACUGCUAACGUCACCAAAGAGGAGAGCAGCUUGGUGGAAAUCCGACAAAAGAUCUUCCAUCUCCUCAAGGGGACUCCUCUGAACGUGAUCCUCCUCAACAACUCCAAGUUUUACCACAUCGGAACCACUUCAGAGUACCUCUUUCACCUCACCGAGGACGCGGCGCUGAGGACCGAGCUGGGCCUCCUGUCUUCUGCCUUCAGUUUGCAAACCUCUGACUCCUCUGGCUGCUGCGUUAUGUACAGCGUCCUCGAUCCCAGCGUCUCUGUGGGAGCCGGAUCGGUGGUGGAGUUCUCCAGACUGGGAGAAGGAGCGUCCGUCGGCUCGGGAUCCAUCGUGAGCGGCUGCUGGGUCGGUCCAGGCCUCUCGGUGCCCGAUGGAGCCUUCAUGCACUCGCUGUGCGUGGACCACCAGGACCAGAUCAGGUUUGUGACCGUCUUCUUUGGGAUCAACGACAACCUGAAGCGCAGCGUGGACGCCCCUGCGUAUAUGGACGAGCUGGAGCUUUGUGGGUUGGGCCUGGCACAGUGUUUGUCUCGCUGGGAGAUCAAGAACGAAGCCCUGAGGUUCUCCGGUGAUGCUUCCUGCUGCAACUUGUGGAACGCUUGCUUGUUUCCGGUUUGCUCCGACCAGCUGAACUCAUUCUCAGCGUCUCUACAGAUGCUGCAGGCCGUCCUGAGUGGCUCCACAAGCCCUUUACCCAAAGACACAAAGCUCAUGUCAAUGCAGGAGUGUUUGCAGAGUAAGAACCUGGAGGAGAUGUUGAUGCUCAGGAAGGGACUGCACACUGAAAUCACACAGAGGAGAGUGAGCAGCUAGAACAGACAUUUUGACAGACAUUUAGAUCACGUGUGAAGUUUUAUGUUGUCAGUUGGAGCUCAGGUUGUGCCAUAAAUCAUCUGUAUUCUGUCUGAUCAUCCAGUGCUCAGCUGAUCUUCAGCAAUCGGGACUUUAUAAAAAUCUGGAUUUUGUCAUCUAGUUGAAUUUGGUAAAAACCUUUUGUUUCAUUUUUUGGAAGUUUUGUGAAACUUUUCUCAUUUAAAAAUAGACACAUUUCAUAUUCAUUUAAAGCUUUUUGUUGUCUUUUCCACAUUAGAUUCUUCUGGUAUUUAAGAAAAGCUUUGUUUUUGGUAGUUUUUCUUCUGAGAGCAAGAAAAUGAGUCUCUGAAAGGGCAGCAUAUGGGCAAUAAAAGGAAAAUUAAAGCAAUACUACAAGAAUAAAAUGGAAAGUAAUUAAAAAAUUUAGUGAAACAAGUGUCGAAUAACAUGGAGCAAACAUUUAAACACAAAAUCCAGAAACUGUUCCAACAAUUACAAACGAUGAUGUUAGGUGGGUGGAUGGAGCUUUUGUUCUGUACAUAAAGCAGAUGUCAAAUAGACAAAAUAAAUAUAGUUACAGAUCAAA